CGCACGGCCCCGCCCGGAGCCCCCUGAGGGACAGGGCGGGAAAAGCGGCCCGGCCGAGCCUGAGGGACGAGGCGGGGAGAGGCUGAGGAAAGUCGCUAGGCGCUGCUUGAGGCCUCGGGGGAGGCCUGUGCUGCUGUGGGAAUCAAGGAUCUGAUGCUGGGGGUUAUCAGACAGACUGUCCUGCUCUGUUUGCUGACAGCUCCAGGUUGGUUUGAGCUGGCAGAAGAGUCUCUGCAAAAUGGCAACUGCUCAGAAGCAAAGGAAUUGCACGAGUGCAGUUGUAUUCCCUAAAAAGAUCGCCACGGAGCAGCAGUCCCUGAUGCUGGUGAAGAGGCUCCUGGCAGUGGCCGUGUCCUGCAUCACCUACCUGAGAGGGAUCUUCCCUGAGAGUGCCUAUGGAACCAGAUACAUGGAUGAUGUCUGUGUCAAAAUCCUGAGGGAAGACAAGAACUGCCCUGGCUCCAGCCAGCUGGUGAAAUGGAUGCUGGGGUGCUACGAUGCCUUGCAGAAGAAAUACCUCAGGCAGAUCGUGCUCGCAGUCUAUACCCAGCCAGAGGAUCCUCAGACGGUCACCGAGUGUUACCACUUCAAGUUCAAGUACACCCAGCACGGCCGCUCCUGGAUUUCGGCAGGGAUCCCUGUGGCUCUCCCAUCCCGUGUUUGGACACGAGGAAGGCCAGCAUCCUGCUCAUCCAUGAGCUCUAACAUGACUCUGUGUCCCAGCAGGGAUCCCUGUGGCUCUCCCAUCCCAUGUUUGGACACGAGGAAGGCCAGCAUCCUGCUCAUCAUGACAUCUAACAGGAAUUUGUGUCCCAGCAGGGAUCCCUGUGGCUCUCCCAUCCCAUGUUUGGACACGAGGAAGGCCAGCAUCCUGCUCAUCCGCAAGAUCUUCGUGCUGAUGCAGAACCUGGGCCCGCUGCCCAGCGACGUCUGCCUCACCAUGAAGCUGCUCUACUAUGAUGAGGUGACACCCCCCGAUUACCAACCCCCGGGCUAGGAGGCCCAGUGCGAGGGGCUGCUGUUCAACGAGGAGCCCACCCACCUCAACGUGGGCGAGGUGCACCCCUUCCACCUGCUCAAGCUCAAGGUCACCACCGAGAAACAGCGCAUGGAGCACGUGGGCAGAGACCUCCUGGGGCAGGGGGAGAGGGAGGAGUCCCUGCAGCCCGGAGAGGAGAUCCAGGACGUGAAUGAGGAUCCUGCCCCGGACACCAAAGUGGGGGAUGAGAACCACGAGGAUGUUUCAGAAGCUCAAGAAACAAACUCCACCUGUGGAGAGGAAGCUGGAGGGCUCCAAACUCCAAAUGUUUCUAAUCCUCAGGUGGAUCAUUUGGCCCAAAAAACGUCUGAGCUGGUUGUGUCAGAGAGCAGGACGAGGAGUGGGAAGAUAUUUCAGAGCUGCCUUGUUAGUACCACGUUGUUUUCCUUUAGUUCUUCCUGUUUUCUGUUCUUGUGGA